AUGCUGAACUGCCGAAUACUAUCGAGUGAACUCCAACAAGCCGCUCUAUCCAGACUUCUGCGAUAUCUCUGUAUGCCUUUUGCUGCUCUGCAGGAAACACGCAUGAGAGAUCGGCCCGUCAUCAGCAUCGAAAAUUACACCAUAUACUGCGGCGAUGCUGAUGAGAACAAAGAAGGUGGCUGCGCGAGAGCUGUGAGGAACGAUUACAAGAAACUGGUGGAGGAAUUUGGCUCAACGGCGUCUAGAUGCGCCUUUUUACGACUGCGGGAUCGCGGAGGACGUAAACUCUGGAUCGUAAGUGCUCACGCACCUACGGAAACCGCUGAAGACAACAGUAAGGACGCCUUCUAUGAUGAACUCAAUGCGUUGAUGUCUAAAAUACCAAGCCAGCAGGUGGUCAUUGUCGGAAUCGACGCAAAUGCGAAGAUGGGACUCGAACAACAAUCCGAUGUGCUAGGAAAAUCGUACUAUGCAACGUAG